GCUCCGCCAGGCUGCAGAAUAACAGCCCUGGUUCUCCCCCGGGAAAUGGCGGCAGCAGAGCUCAUGCAGCAGGUGAUGGGAGGAUGAGUAAGAACAAGGAGGAGAAUUCUCAGCAGGAAGCUGCUGAGGAAGUGGAACUGCACAAAACUUUAUCAGGAAGAUCCAAAGGGAAUUUUUUCCAGAGUCAUAAGCAGGGGAAAGCCUGGGAGAUUCCACACAAGUCAGAGAAGUGGCAGGGAAACCAGCCAGGGAAGAAAGUGGAUAAAACCACUAAUUGUAAGGGAAAUGGCAAGGACCUCGAGGAAACCGCAGCCCAGCAGAGAAUCCACAGAGACGAGAGAAAAAACACAUGCACCAAGUGUGGGAAAAGCUUCAGUCGUAGCUCAAACCUUGUUUCCCAUUGGAGAAUCCACACAGGAGAGAGGCCGUAUGAAUGUAGCGAGUGCGGGAAAAGCUUCAAUCAGAGCUCUAACCUUACUUCCCAUCAGAGAAUUCACACGGGAGAGAGACCCUAUAAAUGUCUGGACUGUGGGGGAAACUUCAAACAGAGCUCAGACCUCAUCACACAUCAAAGACUGCACAUGGGAGAGAAACCAUAUAAAUGUAUUAAGUGUGGAAAAACCUUCAAUCAGAGCUCAAAUCUUAUUUCACAUCAGCGAAUUCACACUCGAGAGAGACCCUAUAAAUGCCUGGAGUGUGCGGAAAGUUUUGACUGGAGCACCCAACUUCUUAGACACCAGAUAAUCCAUACAGGAGACAGACCCUAUAUAUGCUUGGACUGUGGGAAAAGCUUUAGUGACAGCUCAGCCCUUAUU